AUGCCAGCGGCAGCAGCGAGCCGUCCUGGCGAGGCGUGGCGGCGGGCGGGGCGGGCGGAGGAGCUGGUGGCGGGGCUGGCGGCGGGCGACGCGAAGGUGCGGCUGCGCGCCGUGCGCGACGUGAAGAACGCCGCCAUCGGCAGCCGCACGCGCAAGCUCGCUUUCAUCCGCCUGCGAGCCGUGCCCAGGUGCGCCUCUCUUCCCCGCGCGCGUCCCUCCUCCGCGCGCCUCCCUCCUCCGCGAACCUCACUCCUACGCGCGCCGCGCCGCGCUCUUUCCCGCGCCUCCUUCCCUGCUCCUCUCUCCCCUGAAACCACGGCUGCGCUCUCCACGCGGCCUUUUUCCGUACCACCGCCCCACCGCGCGCCUUACUGUUUCCGCGCCCUUCUGUUUCCGCGCCCUGCUGCUUCCCGCAUCUCCGUUCCCUCUCCAUCCGAUUCUCUGAGGGGGCACUGGAUGGGGGAGAGAGGUUUGGGGAGUGGUUUGGGGAGUGGUUCGAGUCAGUGUGGUGGGGAGUGGUUUGGGCUGGUGGCCAUGCUAGAGGGAGCGGACGGAAUGGAAGGGGCGGAGGGAACGGAGGGGGCGGAGGGCGAACAGGGUGCGGAGGGGGCGUGGGGAGCGGAGGAGGUGCAGCAGGCGGCGGCAGCGGUGGGCAGUUUGGCAUGCGGGCUGCCGGAGGGCGUGCAUGCCGUGCUGGCUGCUGGGGCCGUGCUGCCGCUGCUGCGCUGCUUGCUGCACCCGCACACCAAGCUGGCGGAGGGCGUGCUCCCGCUGGCUGUCUGGCUGGCAGUGGGGGCCGUGCUGCCACUGCUGCGCUGCCUGCUGCACCCCCAUGCCAAGGUGGUGGAGGCAGCUGCAAGGUCACUGCGUCUGAUCUUCCAGUCCACUCCUGCUCUGCCACGUGGCAGCACUGCUGCAGGGGAUUGGCUCUCGCCCGCCCUCACCCUGCUGCCGUCCCUGCUCGCCUCCCCCAACGAGACAGUGUCAGAGGUGGCAUCCAGUGUGGCAGUGCACAGUGUGCACUCGCACCAGCAACAAGAAGCUUUUGGGCUCUUCAAUUCAAAGCACCCCUUCCAGGUGGCAGCCCGUGUUGCAGCGCACUGUGUGCACUCGCACCAGCAGAAGGCAUCGUUUGAGGCGCUUCAAACCAAAGCACCCCUUAACCCCCCACCCUUCCUCUGCCUAUCAACCAGGUUGCAGCCAGUGUGGCAGCGCACUGUGGCAGCGAGUGUGGCAGCGCACUGCGUGCACUCGCACCAGCAGCAGGCAGCGCUGGCAGCAGCAGGCGGGCUGCUGUCGCUCUCGCGCCUGCUCGCGUCGUCACCGCGCUGCACCGAUGCCGCUCUGCUCGCCCUGGCGGCGGCUGUCAAGGGCAACCGGCAGCAGGCCGCUGCUCUCGUAGAUAUGGGCGGGGGAGCAGCGCUGGCGGCGGUGGUGAGUCUGACGCGCCACCCAUCCCCCACCACGCGCCUCAAUGCCUGCCGCUGCCUGCUGCACGUCGAGGCAGCUCUCUGGCCGCACGGCGGUGCCAUCACUGCCGUGCCCCGCUCCUUUCUCCAACACCCCGCUCCCGCCCUCGCUGCCCUGCCCGCUCCUCCUGUCUCCUCCGCGGUUCCACCUGCCACCACCGCUGCUGCCCCUGCCUGUGCUACUGCAGCGGCGGCUUUGCCCCCUGCCACAGCAGCUGCAGCGGCGGCUGCGAGCGUGAGGGUUGAGCGGGUUGCACGCAGCAGCAGCGGCGGCGGCGGCAGCAUUGCGGGGGAUGGGGGUGGACGGGCGGGUGGGCGGGGCGGUGGAGUGAAACGGGAUGCAUGGGGCGGGUUGAAGGCAGGCGGGAUGACCAAGGGCGAUCGGGGCAUGUGGCCGCGGCAGCAAGGGCACGAGCAGGCGGCGUGUGGGCGGGAGGGUGAGGAGGGGCGGGCGCAGCACGUGGUGUGCGGGGCGCUUUUGUCCCCUCGCACAGGGGCCCACACGCCUGCCACCGCGCCCACACCUGCUACUGCUGCCAGUGGCGAGAGGCCGAUGCGCGUGGGGGUGGGUGUGGGCAUGGGAGUGGGCGUGGGGGCGGCAGCGGCGGUGGAUGUGAACGUGGCGGCGGUGGUGCUGGUGGCGCUCAUCAACCUGCUGCCACUCCCCGACCAGGUGGGCGAGCAGGCGCCGAGGCUACUGCAGCAGCUGCUGGGCGGCAGGGAGGACGUGCAGUGGGCGGCCUUCAACGCCCACGCGGCCUCCGAGCUCGUCGCUCUGCUCCGCCCCGCCCCCACCGCUGCCUCUUCUCCUUCCCCCAUUACCUCCCCUUCCUCGCUUCCCAUCCCCUCCUCCUCCGCUUUUCCCAUCCCCUCCUCCUCUUCCCCUCCUCCCAUCCCCCCAUUUCCAUCCUUCCCGUCGCCGCUCAUCCCCUCCUCCUCCUCGCCUCCCACUGCCACUGCUACCAGGCCACUCUUCUCCCGCUCUCCACCCGUGGUAACUUUUGGCUCCGUAGGCUUGGCCGAGCCUACCUCCAACGGCUUGGUAUUUACAGAGCCUAGGGCCUCCCGGGGAUGGCUGAGCGGAGUGGGGCGCAGGGAGAGUGCGGAGUUCCCAUCGCGUAGAUGGAUGGCAUGGGGUGAGCGGGGCGAGAACACUCGGGCAUGGGACGACGGGGCGAGAGUGCGAGGGGGGCGCGAGGGGAGAGAGGGGAGAGAGACGCGAAGGGGGAGUGGGGAGGGGUUGGGCUGGAGGAGUGAGGGCGGAGGAGGGAGUGUGCGGGGAGGGGAGAAGGGGAGGAGUGAGGGGGAGGGCAGUGCGGUGCUGGUGGAACGCAGUGCGGUUCAGAGGGAAAGUGCAUUGGCGGCGCUAGCGGUGCUGUGCUCCUCGUGGGAGCCCAUCCGCCGCCAGGCUCUCGACCUCAAGGUGCUACAGCCUCUGCUGCGCUGCCUCGAUGCCUCCCAACCCAUGCCCCUGCGCGCUGCUGCGUGCUCUUGCCUGCACUCACUCGCGCGCUCCAUCAAGAAUCUCCGCACGGGCCUGUCCACGGCGCCCAUCAUCCUCGCCGUGCUCAACCUCGCCGCCUCCCCCGACCCCUCUGCCCAGGUGCGCCCUCCCCCGACCCCUCUGCCCAGGUGCGCCCUCCCCCGACCCCUCUGCCCAGGUGCGCCCUCCCCCGAUGCCUCUGCCCAGCUACCAGCGGUGUCAGCGCUGGCCAAUCUGCUGCUGGACUUCCGAGGCGACACGGGUGCUCUCGUGGAUGCAGGGCUGCUCUCCCGCAUGGCUGAGCUGACAGCUGGGGUUGUUGGGAAGCGUGAGGGGUGGGUGCGAGAGGAGGUUGUGGAGGGGAGAGUGGGGGAGAGAGCGGACGGGGGUGUUAAGGGAAGAGUGGAGGGGAUUGUGGACGAGGGUGUGAAGGGGAGUGUGAAAGGAAGUAUGGAGGGGAGUGUGGGGGAGAGAGUGGGGGUAGCAGGGCAGGUGGUGGAGCGCAGUGUGAUGGUGCUGCGCAACGUGGCUCACUCCGCCACCACACCCGUCAAGCAACAACUGAUCGCCCUCCUGCUGCCCGCUACCCUGCCCGCCCUGCUGCAAGGUGGGUGUCCCACUCGCGUCCCAUUCUCUCCAACCGUGCAGGCGGCAGCGCUGCUGCGCAACGUGGCGCACGGAGCAGAGGAGCACGCCCACCUGCUGCUGGCCCCCGCUGCCCUCCACGGCGCUCUCCUGCGCCUCCUCGCCGCCAAACUGCUGCCCGCCCGCCCUGUGGCCCUCUCUCCAGCCACAGUGGGAGGUGCUAUGAGGGGAGCAGGGAGAGGAGCAGUGAUAGGAGUGAGAGGAGCAGCGAGAGGGGAUGCAGAGGAGGAGGGCGUGGAGGAUGCGGAGUGUGAGUUGGCGGCAGUGCGGCGAGCGCACUAUGCAGUGCGAUUGGAGGCCAUGCUGGCUCUGAGCAACGUGGCAGCAGGGGGCGCACAGGCCAAGGACUCGGUGCUGCCGCUGCUGCUGCUGCCCGCCGCCAAGGUCAGGGAGCUUGAAGCGUGCUGGCAGGCAGGCAGAGGGGGUGAAGCAGCCACGUGUGAUACACCAGGCCCAGGGAAUGGGGAAGCAGGUGGAGCAAAGGCGGUGGCAUGCAGUGCGGCAGGCUCAAGUGCAAGUGCUUGUGCUGCUGCUGCCGGACGAGAGGGAAAAGGAGAAGCGCUGGCAGCCACACUUCCGCUGCAUUCCCUCCACCACCACCCGCCAUCCAGCCCUUCCCAGCCCAACGCUACCCCCUCCCUACCCUCUGCACGACUCUCGCCCCCUCCUCCCCCUCUCAUCCUGCACCUGCUACGCCUGCGUGGCUGCACAUCCCUGCGCCUGGCCUCUCUCUGGUGCCUCGCCAACCUCUGCCGCCCUGCCUGCCCGGGGGCUGACAGGCGAGCUGCUGCGGUGAGGGCAGCAGAGGGCCUGGUGGUGCAGUUGGAGAUGCUGGCAGCGCAAGGGAGCUUCGACAUUGCUGUCUCGCUGCUCUCGCCCUCUGCCGUGAGGCCGGUAAAGGGUGUGGGGGCACAGCUGGAGAGGCUGGCUCGCAGCACAGGGGAGCUUUGA